UGAAAGGAAUAGAAAAUUUUGUAGGUAGGUACCUACUCAGAUUAUUCCUAUUUACUAUUUAGGCGAUAUUAAUAAUUAAUAAUUGCGUUGUUUUUAAAAACUCAGACAUUUUCAUAAUAUUGUAAUUUGUAGCCCUUCAAUACACUCGAACACCAGUACUAAUUGAUUUUUGCAAGGUGCCAAAAUAUGAUGGACAUUGGUCUUACGGAUCCUUGGAUCACACUAACCAUUAAAGCGCCAAACCAACAAAUCAAUGACCACACAAUAAAAUGUAAGCUGGAUUGGUCUGUAGCAAAACUCAAAGGGUACAUUCACGAAACUUAUCCAAACAAACCAAAAACCGAAGACCAAAGGUUAAUAUAUUCUGGUCAACUCUUAACUGACGGUGUUAUUCUAAAAGAUGUUUUGAGACCAUAUGAUGAUGAUGGACAACUCAAUCGUACUGUUCAUUUAGUUUGUUCAUCUUCAUCUUGUUGUAUCCCGCUUAAAGAAAAACUUAAAAGUGAAGAAAUUGUAAAAGAAAUCAAUGGUAAAUGCCCUAAGUUGAACGAAGUUAACUAUGGUGCUAGUACUUCUGGAAUUAGUACCUCUGCAGAUACUAAUCAAGAAGCUAGUACUUCUUCAAAUUCAAACAAUAAACAAGAAACUAAACCCACCAAAAAUCAAACCAAAUCUAAUAAUAAUGUUAACCGCAGUCCAUUGACACCAGAACAACUGGCUCUUGAGCAAAUAAUGUGGGUGAAUAAAAUGUAUGCUGUUCAAAUGGCAGAAUAUUGGCAAUCAGUUGCGUCGAGUUUAGGUGCUCCUAUACAAUUAAAUACUCCAACUGUCGAAAAUGAAUCUCCUCCUCCAGAUUUACCAAUUAAUAAUAAUAACAACAAUCAACCAGCAGACCAAAACCUUCCUGCUAAUAAUCCAAAUAUAAACAUACAAGAUGCUGGGCCCAAUCAAGAUUGGUUAGAUUGGUUAUAUGUAUCCAGUAGAGUAUUUAUUUUCAUAAGCGUUCUCUAUUUCUAUUCAUCACCUGGCCGUUUUCUUGUUGUUGCUGGUUUUGCACUUAUAUUAUAUUUGUACCAAAGUGGAAUUUUGAGACACCUUCAUGAGCAUAAUAGAAGGAGGUUUCAACUUGAACAACAAGCACAGAAUAUUGAUGACAACAGGAAUUUGUCACAAGAGCAGAAUGGAAAUAAUGAAGACACAGCAGUAAGACAAAAUGAACGUUUAAUAACUACGUUGUGGACAGUUGUUAGUACAUUUUUUACUUCUCUCAUACCACAACAACCGGAUAUAAUAUAAGUAUUAAAUAAACCAUAUGUAAAAGAAUAACAUAUUAAAUAAAUAUGUAAUUUACUAUUGUAUUAAUAAUGAUAUAAUCAUAUUCUUUUUUCUGUUGUAUUGUUAAGUUUCAUUAUAAUUUAUAACUAAGUUAAGCUUAUCAUUGUAUUUGGGGUAUUUAUACAAUAAUACUUUAUUACUAUGUAAUAUGUAUUAUAUUAUAUAGGAACACAUCAUGUUUUUCCAUAAAUAAAAAGUAAGAAGCACCUAGA